CGCGACGAAAGUACAAUGGUAGAGCUAUUGCAAGUAAACGCAACUUCCCAACUCGAAGAAGAAAGCAACAAAUGGUAUUAAACUAACUUGUUAUUUGCUUACUAGACGCUGACAAAAUGGAUAACGAAGGCAUAAAAAAUAUGGCAAAUUUUCGGGCGAAAUCAGUGAAGUUCGCCGACACCAACGACGAGCCUUUGGUAAAGCGCCUCGGCAGCGGAAGCUUGUCAACAAAGGAUGCUGUCAAGUCUGUGAGGAACACGCGUACACAUACCUCGACAUGGCUAAACUCCAGCUCCCGACACCGAGGGAAGCGUCGAUGGAGACGCUUCUUAAUGCGUUGCAAUCCGCGCUAUUGGGUGCACGUCCUCAACAAGCGGCUUCCCAUCCUCCUUCCAGAAACGAUUAAGCGACGAUACUGGGACUUCUUUGUGCUCAUACUCGUGGUCUGGUCAGCGCUUGUCGUGCCAUUUGAGGUAGGGUUCGGACCCAUCGGCUGGUCUGGUGACUACGCCAUGGAGCGAUUGGUGGACGCUUGCUUCUGGGUGGACAUCGGUCUCAAUUUCCGGACGGCUUACGUCGACCACUCGGCAAACAUGGUCAGGGACGGAGGGAAAAUCGCAGCACACUACAUCCGCACCUGGUUUUUCGUGGACCUGAGCGCCUCCAUUCCCUUCGACGUCAUCGUGCUGUGGUUCGUGAGCAACAUGAGCAGCGAGGGACUCAUCGCGCUGGGGCUGCUGCGCACCCCCCGGCUGCUGCGACUGGGGAGGCUGCUGCGCUACUUUGACCGCAUGAAGGGAGCCAACAUCGUGCGGAUGGGCAAGCUGCUGUUCUUCAUGGCCCUUGUUGCCCACUGGGUGAGCUGUCUGUGGUUCAUGCUGUACCGCAUGACCCACGGGUCGCUCAACUGGAGCUACGACCUGCUCAGCAACGCCCAAACCAUGACCUACUACCUGGAGGCCUACCUGCAGUCCUUUCUGCUCAUGAUCGGCAACGACAUCAGCCCGCAGAACAACAUCGAGCGGCUGUACUGCACGGGCAUCCUGGUGAUCGGCGCCUGCUUCUACGCCAUCGUGGUGGGUCACAUGUCGCUGUUAGUCAACAACAUGAACCCCACCGCCUCGCGACACAAGUUCAAGAAGGACAUCAUCAACAACACCGUCAGGUAUCUGGGAGCCCCCCGCGACAUCGCCAGCCGCAUCGACCAAUACUUCGACUACCUCACCACCUACUCGCACCCGGGUCCCGAUGGCAUGGCGCUCAUCUCGCAACUGCCCUCAUCCAUGUUCCAGGACAUCGCCAUCUGGAUGUACCGCGACCUGGUGACCAAGGUGCCGCUCUUCAAGGAGUGCGAGCCCGCCUUCAUCGCGCAGCUGGUCAUCCGACUGCGGCUGGCGGUGUUCCUGCCCAGCGAGGUGAUCUUCCGGAUCGGAGAUGUUGGGCACGAAAUGUACUUCAUCACAAAGGGCCAUGUUGCUGUGCUGAACGACAACGGCGAGAUGCUGGCGGUGCUGCACAAGGGCGGCUUCUUCGGCGAGCUGGCGCUGCUUGCCACCGCCCGCCGCACCGCGCAGUGUGUGGCGCUGUGCCACUGCGACCUCACACUGCUCAUGGCGCACGACCUGGUGGCGGCCAUGAAGGACUUCCCGGACUCGGCGGAGAAGGUUCGCGCCCACGCAGUGAAGCGUCUGAACGACAUGCAAACAGCGGGCAAAGUAGCGCGCGAGGCGCACGCCUACCCUGCUCCACGACACCUCAAGAAGCUGAAUCCGGCGGCAGCGGAGGCGGAGGAGCAGGCGGCGGCGGCGGGCGCUGGCGGAGGCGGAGGCGGCGGCUCCUUUGGCGGCGGCAUCGCGUCACGUGCGAUGCUGUCAUUGAUGAGUGGUGCACAUGGGGGUGCUGGCGGAGGCGGCGGUGGGGUUAGCGGUGGCGGCGGCGGCGGAGGAGGAGGUGGUAUGGCAGGUGACGGCGACGGAGGCGGCGGAGAGCACUUGGCGACGCAGCGGCGGCCGUCGUCCGGGAAUCCUGACGCCGUUGGGGGCGCUGGCGGCGGCGGGGGAGGUAUGGGUGGUGGCGGCGUCGUCCGGGGUAUUGCGGGUAGCGGUGACGGCGCUGGUGGCGGCGGCGGCGAAGGUAACGCCGGCAGCGGCGGUGUUGGGGAUGCCAGCGGCGGCGGCGGCGGCGGCGGGGGUAGCAGCAGUGCAGCGGACCUCUCCGCCAGUACGUUGCAGCUGGUGGAGCAGGUGCAAGCCACCAUCAGCAGGCUGACGGGCAAGAUUGAGGCCCUGCAGGGCAAGAUGGGCAAGAUCCACACGCGGUUGGGUCGGGUGGAGGCCAACCCCAACAUCUUCAACACCGGCCCCCCCAUGGGCCCCAUGGCGGGUGACCCGGGCGGCGCGGGGAAGAACAUAUUCGAUGUGGACUUUGCCGGCGGCAUGUGAGGGCUGCUGCGGCGGUGGCGGCGGCGGUGGCGGCGGUGGCAACACACGAGAGAAGCAAACAAGCUUGUGGGCAAGACCCAGGACCCAGGACGUGCAUGCGUGAAGCGAGAGCCGAGGGAUGGGUGUCGAAGCAUGUCGAGGCUCGCGUCCCUGCAGCACCUGCCAACCCCUACCUCCAACACCUCCCAAGUCGUCUAACACCUCCUUCAAACAUCUCCCCAUACCUCCUUCAGACACCUCCCAACACCUCCCAAUUCCUGCCUCCAACGGCCCCGGUACCGUACCAGCAACGACUGGACCCAUUCCCCUCCUUUCCCACGCCCUCCACGUUCCGCUGCCCCCGUUGUCCACGACCUCCAAGUUGCACUCUGCCCCCCUGUCCGCUGCUCCAAGGCUGCUUUACGGCCAUGCGACGCGGCAAACAGCGGGAACGGCUGCGGGAGGGAAGGUAUGUGGAUGUGCUUGGUUUUAUCGGGGUGUUGAGAAGGACUUGGGAUUUGGAGAGGGACGCGGCGAGGGACACGAAGAGAUGUACACGGCCCACAGACAUGUGUUAAAACCAACUGGCCACAAACAUAUGUCUGGAAAGAGAGAGAGGAACGAGCAGGGGGAUUAUUUGGUUUCCUGUCGAGCAGGCUGACCACUGAUGUGGACGGAUGCCGUGACGUGGGGCUCCGGAUGAGUAUGAUGAUGGGGCGAUGUUUUGACGGGACUGUUGCUCGGAUUUCGGAGACGCGGGAGAGAACGUCCGUACACCUGCCGCACGGCUGCCGCCGCCGGGGCGUUGCUUCGCGGCUGUCGUACGGUUAUUUCGUUGGGUUUCCAACCGAGUGGCUUUACACAAGGAUUUUCGGUUGGUCGACGAGAGGACGGGACAUGCACAGCCGUUUUUUGUUCCGUUUCGGUAUGGAAAAGGUUGAAGGGAGGGCGAUUUUGGAGAGGCUGUUGGGGUGGUUGGUGGUUUGAUGAUGUGUGGAUAAGGCCCCCGUGGACCAAGUGUGCGCAACCGACGCGCAACCGCAACGGCCAACAUGCUGCUGGUUAGCCUGCAGUCGCUUGAAUGGCGCCUAUGGUGCACUACCGGAGCGAAGAUGUUGGUUGAUGUAUGCGGACGACGAUGUGGAUUUGAGAGGCGUUACUGAGAAGUGUUUGAAGGAGGGGAUGAAGCGCAUUUCAAAAUAGGC